AGAGAACUUGAAGAAAACGUAGACAAGAAAGUCAAGAAGUCAGAUAAACAGACCAAUAAGGAUGGUACAGAAUAUAAAAUUGGUGGCUUGCCUUACUUCAAAGACAAAUCUGGGAAUAUGCCACCAUUUAAUGAAGAUGUAAAGCUGAAGGAACAGAUGAAUGAAGAAAAACAGCAUGUGAGACCAAAAAGCAGCUGGACAAAGAAGCAAAGGAAAGAACUGGUUGAUGCUGUAAAAUUAGAUGCCAUGGAACAAGCUCUCAGGCCAUUACUUAGCAAGCAAGAAGUAGAGAUGGAGAAAUUGUCAAGAUGUAAAAAUUCAGAGGAGAUCACAGAAGCCAAGGAUAGAAUAGAAAAACUGCAACAAGAAAUAAGAUUAAAGCAGAAUACUCCAGGUGAUGAUUUGUUGAAGACCGUUGAUAACAACAAGAUUGAUUUUCUGAAAAUUUCAUGCUCCAAUUUUAACAAUAAAUUCAGUGCUUCGGAGUGCAUGAGUAUGUGGAAUGCAGUUUUACAGCCUGGCAUUAACCGCAGCAAGUGGACAGCUAAAGAAGAAGAAGAAUUGAUCAAAUUGGCAGAAAAAUAUCAAAAAAGAAAUUGGGACAAAAUUGCUGAGGAGUUAAAGUCAAACAGAACACCCUACCAGUGUUUGCAGCAUUUUCAAGAAAACCAUUUCGCCAGUGUUCCCAUUGAGUGGACAGAGGAGGAAGAUGAAUUACUGAAAGAAGUAGUCGAGACUUGUACAUUUGGUAAAGGUAGAAUCAAGUGGCAUCAAGUUGCCUACUAUAUUGAUGGUAAGAGUGCGGACCAUUGUAGGUCUAGAUGGAACAGAAUUGAUCCAAAUAGAACUUUAGGCAGAUGGACAAAAGAAGAGGAUAUGCAACUGUUAGAUGGUAUACAAAUACAGGGAGGUGUCUUGAAUUGGGCAAAGAUACAGGAGCACGUACCUACAAGAUCUGCAAAUCAGUGCAGGGAGAGGUUUGUUAGUCGUAUGAGUGGAGAUAUACUAUACAAGCAGUGGACAUAUGAAGAUGAUAAGAAGUUGUUGAUGUUAUAUGAAGACUAUGGAUCGAAUUGGGUGAGAAUUGCACAGGAGUUUGAUGGUCGUAGUGACAACAUGGUUCUGUUGAGACACCAGCGUCUUGUCAAAUGGCAACGGAUGUCGGAGGCAUUUUUUAGUCAACCUGUAAAGGUACAGAGGGAAUUGAAACACCAGGCAUUUAGAAUUCUAAGAACUGGCGAGGUAGUGCCGAAGCCAGGUCUAUUGCUCCGUUUAGGUAGGAAUGGUGCAUUUAGGAAUUCUGUGAGGCCAAAAAGGAAGCAAAAAUACAAGUCAGAAAUACAGCGAUUAAAGGAUAUUGGAGGACGGUUGACUGCAGAUUUAGAUGCGGAUAAUGAUGAUGAAGUGAAAGAUGACUCUGACGAUGAUGAUGAGGAAGAUGACAAUGAUGAUGAUGAUGAUGAGGAGGAAAUGGACAAACCAAUGAAAUUGUUACAGGAUAGCCUGGAUGCCUUUGCCAUCUUAUACAAUAUAGAGGCGCAUGAUUAUUUCAAACAGAUUGUCGAUAGGAAAGAUGGUGACAUAGUCGUGCCGAGACCGCCGCCCAUCAAGAAGAAUAAAAUGAACCUUGGUCUCAGUCUGUGGAAGAAACACGAUUGUCUUCACAACGUUGUUGCUGCACAGAUUGAUCUGUAUGUAAAACAAUUACAGGAGAAGUUGCAUGAAGGCAGCGACGGCAGUACUGCCAUCGAGCUGAAUCUGUAUGAACAGAUCUCAAAGAAUAUCAAAAUAGGAAGCGAAGACAAGAGGCAGAUGAUAGCAAAAGCUUUCAAGGGAAAGAAUCCAUGUAAUUUGUCUGUUCGAGAACUUCUCAAUAUCUCUAGAUGUAUAAAAGACCAUGGUAAACCACCAAAAGAUGCCAAACAUUAUGACGUGGAGCCAUGGGAGGUGGAGACAAGUGAGGAGGAGAAAGGGGCGGAGACUUCAUCUGAAAGUGAAAAUGAGGAGGACUUUCAAGAAGAAGAGGAGGAGCCUAAGAAAAAGAAACGCCCAUUGUCUGAGAAGCAGAAAGCUCACCAUAAGCAGUUGUCAAUAAAUAUGAAAAAUCAAAGUAACAUAAACUACCAAAUCAAACAUCUUGUUCUCAGUAAAAUGGACUCCAGGGAGGUGAAUAAACGAGUACGAAGGAAACAGUUCUUAAUGUAUCCCAAGUCAAUACUAAUGAAGUACAAAGGUCUGGACGAAGAAAGGCGAAUGAAUAGGAAAUCACUUGUUCUGCUGAUGAAGUCACUAGAUUUCAACUCAAGGAAGGCCUAUUUCAAGGCUUGGAAAGGAAAGCGUAAACUUUCCGCUCUCGCUAUGCUUAAAGCUACGGAGAAGUUCAAUUUAAGAAGAGCAAAAACUAGACGACAGAAACAAGAAAUACAGGAAGCGGCGAAAAGCGAGACGAACAUAAACACUGAACUGAGCGAAGUGUCCGAAUACUUGUUAGACCUGAAUGAUGAGUUGAAGAUUAACGUUAAUGAUAAUGCUAACAUAGAAAAGAUGUUGGCGGAGGAGGAAAAUUUGCAAGAUCGGCAACAUUAUGGUUACAAUAAGUCCUUGCCAUAUAUACCUCCGAACAGAACAAAUCUGCUUGGGAUGAAGACUCUGCUGUUGGAACACAGGUCUCUGAUAGAUCAGGCUGGGAUGUAUUUUAACACAGAUGAGUUGAAGAAAAAACUUUACGUGUUAAAGGAGAGAGGACCAAAUCCUUUGAUGAGCGUCUUGAAUGCAAUAGGAAAAACGGAGAGUGCUGCUAGGAAACGAGAUGAUGACCGAAAGUAUACUCCAAACCCGAAAGUGUGUAAAAAGCAGAUGGACGAUGUUCGAAAAACAACGGCUUAUAAGAAACUGAAGGCAAGGUUUCAGUCAAUAUUUACAUGGCCAGCACUUUUGGCAACCAUUCAGCCGCCUAAAGGGAAUCCAUUACCACUAGCUUUGCAGGAUUUCAGACAAAAGUCAGAGGUUGUCGAGGAACCACAAGAACCGGAAGUUGUUCUAGAGACUGAGAAUGUUGAGGAAGACUUGGACGGUCUUCCUGAAGAAGAAGCUGUGGAGAAACUUGUCGAUAAAAUCAUGGAAGAAUACGAGAAGGAAAGAGCAAAACGGAAAAGACAUUUAACUACAAAGAAGCAUCGUAACUUUUCUGAGAAAAGGAAAAAAGCUUUUGUGGACAAAGAACGCACAAAAAUUCUGAAACGGCUAGGCUUGUUUGAAAAGAUGCAAGAGUUUAAAAGACGACGACUCGAAGCUGCUCAGGGUAAUGUCUCUCCAACGCCUUCUUUGCCUUCUACAUCAAAUGCUAGACCAUCAGCUACAUCAACUGUUACUUCAUCAACUAUUACUUCAUCUGAUGUAGUACACAGCCAGUCAUCAACCGUUACAUCCUCAGCUACUGAAUCAGCUCUUUCACCAAAUGUUACUUCAGCUGAUGCUGUACCUGGUACGUCAGAUGCUUUAGCAGUGGUUGAGGAAACGGAUGCAGAGUGUAAGGUAGAUGUCAACGAAGUCAGUGCUCCGUCAUAUAAUUCUACAGAUUUGCUUGAACAACCCAGUGUAAAUGAUACUUCAGCCAUGACUAGUAAUGUGAUAGGAGAACCUAUGAGUACCUCAGAAAGCUGUCAUGAUGAUUUGAUACCAGAUGAUCCUAAUGCGACACCUUCAAAUGGAAAUACAGGAACUGUUGGAAAAAGAAAGAGAGGGAGACCAGCAGGUUCUAAGACCAAAUGUUAUUCUAACACAAGCCCUGUCAGGAAGUCGCACCGUACAGCAGACACAACCACGGUCGUUAAACUGGAACAAGAUUAUGAAAUGUCACCUCAAAAGAAGACUUCACAUUCCAAGAGGGGAGCCCAGUAUACCCUUAUGCGCACUUUGAUCCCAGAUAAGAUGGGCAAGAUUGCUGCAAAGAUUUCAGAUUUACCAAUCCUGAACGAGCCUCUCCCAGAGAUUCCGGUUAAACCAUUGAAGAAAAUUAAAGUGGAGAAGCCCCCGAAAGAAAAGCAACGGGUCAAAAAAUCAAAGUUUGUACGGGAUAUAGAAAAGAAUGCGGAUAAGAAAAAAUCUGGCCCAAAAACAAAUCGUUUGUUAAGACAGUUGCAGGAGUCUGAAGCUGAAAAGGCAAGUGCAACGUUUGUGAUAAAGUCUGAACCUAUUGACGCAGAAGGUGAGGGGAGUGCAGAAGAUACCGAUAGUUAUAAUAGUUUCACUGUUACUGAACUCGAAAAUGCAAACAGUAUUUCUGGAAUGGUAGAAACAAGUGUUGAAAGAAUGGAAACUGAUGCUGAGGGAUUUGAAAUAAAUGCUGGAAGAGUGGAAACAAAUUCUAAAAAGGAAGAAUCAAGAAAGAUCAAGACUGCAAGAACUGUAAGAAUGGCACAGAACAGCCAAGAAAAGUAUUAUGAAGCUGUAGGUGAAGAACAAAAUUCUGUUGAUGCUCCAACUACAGAGUGUCCACAAAAUAAUGGUAACAAUUACACUGAGAGUGUUUCUGAAAGUGAUAGUGCAAAAAAUGCUACUGUUGAAAAUCCAAAUGUUCAACAGGAUAAUAGAUCAGUUGGGAAUGCUAAAGAUGUUCGGGAACCAUUGAUUAUAGCUUUACCUGUGAUGAUCGCAGGGGUGCAACAAGUGGCCUGUAUACCAUUCUAUCCUGACAGUGAAGGGAAAAUAACAUUACCCAAUGGUGUCAAAAUAGAUGCAGCUGGUGUUUCGAAUCAAAAUGCUCCGUCCUUGCCAGUGAUAAAUUUUGAUCAACCAUUUCAAAUAGUCAAUCCUAGACAGCAAUCAGGCACUGUUCCGUCAGCUGGGCAGCAAGUAUCUUGUGUUAAUGAUCAGGAUAAUAUGAUCCCUGAUCCUAAACAGACUGUAGCUGCCCCGCAAGGCAGUGUGUCUGUACUCAAUCCAAAAGUAAUUCAAUCAGGGCGAGAAAAGCAAAUAUCUGGUCAAAGUAUUUCAUUACUGAAUAAAAGUAUAACUGUUAAAAACUCAACUGCAACAAAAACUAAUGCAGGGCAGAGUAGCUCUAUAUGUUCUAAAUAGUAAAAUUUGAAGAGAGAAAAAAAAAUGUCAUUUAAAAUAAAUAGGGUGCCAAAGUUCAAGAUUUACAUAGCGUACAAUUUCAACUUCAAGAACUAGUGUUAAAUAACAUAAAUAUAAAUACAAGAAAUGUGAGAUACCUGCUUUGUUGAUAGAAGACUUUUCAUCUAACAUUUAUUAGAAAAUGCACCUCAUUUUGUUACAGCAAUGUAUAUAUAUAUGUUGGUUUAAGAGGUCAUAUUUAAAUCUGAAUGCAAAAUAGUUCAUGCCUUGUCUACAACGAAUUAAAUGAUCUUAUGCCUUUGCGUGACAACCAUAACUCUGUCAUAUAUCUAUAUAUUAAUAAUAAACUUACACAUUUUUAGUUCAUAGGAAAUAAUGGAGUAGUUGCCUGUAUUUCUUUAAGGGCUGACAAUCCCAGAAAGUGAUAAGUAAUACAUAAUGGUUAUUAAACAUUUAAAAUAAGCGAGUGUACACCGGAAUCACAUAUAUUGAUAAAGUAUUUCUAAAAUUAGUCAGAAAAAGAUAUUCUUCUGUUUAAGGAAGCAACUGACUGUGCA